CUCGUGUGUAUUCGCCUUCUCGCGCCAUUUUACUACGAUGUGCUGAGUUCUUUAUCAUCAAAGAACAGCUCUUUCGUGUCACAAAUUUGAGUUGUAAGUUGACAAAAAAAUGGCAGGUAUCGCUGUAGAUAAAGAUGCAUUUUGCCGACGUAUGACUUUACUAUACGAAGCUUGGAAAAAUGGUGAUGGUGGAAAUGGAUUAGGCAAAGCAGAUGCUCUUGUUACUGCCGUGGGUGUAGAUGAGGAAACAGUUUAUGCCAAAUCAACAGCAUUACAGACAUGGUUGUUCGGUUAUGAACUGACAGACACGGUUAUGGUUCUGUGCGAAAAAAACAUCUACUUCUUGGCCAGCAAGAAGAAAGUUGAGUUUCUAAAGCAGGUGGCUUCGGAGAAGGAGAACCAGGAGGGGUUGCCCCCUAUAACUCUAUACACGCGGGACAAAACCGACGGAAACAAGGCCAAUUUUGCGAAACUCGUUGAAGCAAUUAAGGAGAGCAAAGAUGGUAAGACUAUUGGUGUGUUUCGCAAAGACAAUUUCCCUGGUGAUUUCAUGGACGGAUGGAACAAGGCUUUGUCAGAUGGUGAAUUUGAGAAGGUUGAUAUUAGUGCUGCAGUGGCCAAAGUGAUGGCAGUGAAAGAAGAAAAGGAAAUCUCGCUGAUAAAGAAAGCCUGCCAGGCGACAUGUGAUGUGUUCAAUAAACAAUUUAAAGAAGAGUUAAUGGAGGUUGUUGAUGCUGACAAGAAAAUAAGACACAACAAAAUGGCCGAGAACAUUGAGUCAUCGUUAGAAAACAAGAAAAUUAUUGGUAAUAUGGAGUCAAAUUUCUUGGAUAUGUGCUAUCCCCCAAUUAUUCAGAGUGGAGGAAAUUACAACCUCAAAUUCAGUGUUGUCAGUGAUCAAAAUAAAUUACAUUUUGGAACAAUUAUCUGUGCUCUUGGGGUGCGUUACAAGUCGUACUGCUCUAAUGUUGUGAGGACGAUGUUUGUUGACCCCAGUGAACAACAGCAAGACAACUACAACUUCCUGUUGACCCUCGAAGAAGAGGUUUUAAAAGCUUUAGUUGAUGGAGCAAAAUUGUCCUCGGUUUAUGGUGCUGCUGUGGAUUUUGUGAAGAAAAAGAAACCAGACCUCUUACCAAACUUGACAAAGAAUAUUGGAUUCGUAAUGGGGAUUGAAUUCCGAGAAGGUUCUCUGGUAUUAAAUGCAAAGUCUGAUUUAAAAGCAAGUAAAGGGAUGGUGUUUAAUAUCAACAUUGGGUUCUCAAACUUAACAAAUAAGGAGGGCAAAGGAGAACAGGAGAAGAAGUAUGCGUUAUUUAUCGGGGACACGGUUCUAGUUAAUGAGGAUCAACCAGCAACUAUUCUGACACAAAUGAAGAAGAAGAUAAAACAUGUUGGUAUAUUCUUAAAGGCUGAUGAUGAAGAGGAGGAAGAGAUUGAAAGGCCGGAUGAGCUCCUUGGCAGAGGCAUGAGGAAGGCUGUUCUAGAAAGCAAACUAAGGACGGAUAUUUCAACAGAGGAUAAAAGAAAGUCACAUCAGCGAGAACUAGCAAUGCAAAUGAACACUGAAGCGAAAGAGAGAUUAGCACAAGUGAAGUCUGACAAAGGAAAAGUCAAGGUCAAGAAAUCAAAUGUGUCUUAUAAAAGUGUUUCACAAAUGCCUAAUGAUCCGGAUAUUCAUGCACUGAGAAUCUCCAUUGAUAAGAAGCAUGAGACAGUUAUACUGCCAGUGUUUACCAUUCCUACACCUUAUCAUAUAUCUACUAUAAAGAACAUUAGUCAAAGCGUGGAAGGAGACUACACAUACCUGCGAAUAAAUUUCCAUCAUCCUGGUAGCUCGGUUGGGCGCCUAGAUACCGUCGCCUUUCCAAAUCCAGAGGCUGUUUUCGUUAAAGAAGUUACCUAUCGAAGUUCAAACACUAAAGCACCGGGAGAAUCAUCAGCUCCGGCUACUAAUCUCAACACAGCUUUUAGACUUAUCAAGGACGUCCAGAAAAAAUUCAAAACAAGGGAAGCUGAAAUGAGGGAAAAAGAGGGAAUCGUAAAGCAAGACACCUUAAUGAUCAAUCCGAACCGUGGGAAUCCCAAGUUGAAGGACCUGUACAUCAGACCAAAUAUCACACACAAGCGAAUCCAGGGAACACUGGAAGCACAUACAAAUGGUUUCCGUUACACAUCCGUACGUGGCGAUAAAGUUGAUAUUUUGUAUAACAACAUCAUGCACGCCAUCUUUCAACCGUGUGACAACGAGAUGGUUAUAUUACUACACUUUCAUCUGAAGAAUGCUAUUUUAUUUGCUAAUAAACGACAUGUUGACAUCCAGUUUUACACGGAGGUCGGCGAGAUUACGACUGAUUUAUUGAAACAUCACAACAUUCAUGAUAGAGAUGACAUCAGGUCAGAACAGCAUGAAAGAGAGUUACGGCACAAACUCAAGUCAGCUUUUAAGAAUUUCCUGGAGAAAGUAGAAACGAUCUCAAAAGGUGAAAUUGAAUUUGAAUCACCUUUCCGAGACUUGGGUUUCUUUGGUGUACCCCAUCGGAGUACUGUUCUCUUGCAGCCAACAAGUAGUUGUUUACUGUGUGUCACAGAAUGGCCGACAUUUGUGAUAACGUUAGAGGAAGUUGAACUGGUGCAUUUUGAGCGUGUUUCAUUCCAUAUUAAAAAUUUCGACAUGGUGUUCAUCUUCAAAGACUAUUCGAAAAAGGUUGCCACUGUCAAUUCCGUUCCUAUGAAUCUCCUCGACCAGGUCAAGGAUUGGCUGAACUCUUGUGAUAUCAAGUACACAGAGGGUGUGCAAUCUCUCAACUGGACCAAGAUCAUGCGGACGAUCGUGGAUGACCCUGAAGGAUUUUUUGAUAAUGGUGGCUGGACAUUCCUGGACCCUGAAAGUUCUGGGGAAGAGGAUGAUUCAGAAGAUGAAGGAGAAGAAAGCUAUCUUCCUUCAGGGUCAGAGGUCAACAGUGAAGAAACCUCAGACAGUGAAUUUGACGAGGAAUCUGAGAGUGAAUUUGAUGAGAGUGAUGCAUCAGGAGUGGAGGAAUUGUCUAGUGAUGAGGAGAGUGGAAAAGAUUGGGAUGAGUUGGAGAAAGAAGCGGCACAAGAUGACAAGCAGAAGCGAGAACAAGACGAGGAGGAAGAAACACUAAGUCGAAAACGUAAACCGAGAAGCCAAGGUGGUGCGGCCAGAAAAAGGAAGCGCUAGCUACCAUUGGAUGAAAUUAAUCACAUGAUCGAAAUCUUCACCAAUCAGAGCUGUAAGAAUCAAAUUCCAAGUAGAUGAUGCAAAAUAUCUCGAAGGCAUACUGGAUGACUCAUGUGUUGUCUAUGUCAUGGAAGCAGUCAAUUAACAUGAAAAGACCAUCAAUUAGUAAAUGGUUUCCAGACCAAAUACUCCACUCCUUGCUUUUUCUAGGUUGCUGUUUUGAUAUAUAUAUAUAUAUAUAUACACAUACUGUACAGUAUUAUGUUAACCUUGAUCAAAGCUACUGAAUAACAAUAGGAUGCUUUUGAUUGUACGACAGUGGUAGGAUGUAGAUUGUAAUGAUGUGUCACAGUCAUCUGCGCAUAGGAGAACUUGCGUUAUUGUCGCGUGGAUUCUGAACGCAAUUUGGUUAGGACAGUCACGCAUGGGUGAGUCAGUUCCGUUCACGUCGUCGUGCAAAUCGAAAGCGCCCUAAUGUGUAUGCAUAUUGGAUGAAAACAAACACAGUAGGCAUAAAUCUAUGGAUCAUUUGUUUAUAUUUGUAGUGUCUUUAAAAACGACUUGCUGGGCAAAACAAUUAUAUAUAUGUAGCGGGUGUCCACUACUUGAAGUAAGCGAAUCCGUCACUUAAUUUGUCGUGGGGGCUCGGGUUCCAUGUUUACAUAUAUGGCCACAAAUAAAACAAGAGGAACCUUUUCUAGUUAUAUACUUAUAUAAUGAUUUAUUGGGCAGUGGGGAUUACAAAUAUGGACUUAAAAAUUGGACCUAACCUAACCUAACAAACUACUCAUGUGAGACCGUCGGCAAUGCAGCGUACGCUUGUAGAAAGUAAAAUAAUAAUAAAUGCAAGAAGUCCAACAAAAAUAGAGUUAAAAAUGAUAUAACAAAGUUCAGCUCAGGAAGAUAUCCAAAAUCGCAUCCACCUGCAAUCGUCUGGUUGCACUUGGUACCGGUAUUUGUUACAGCAAAUCAAACUGUUCUUCUGAUUCAAGUCAAGAAAAUAGUGAAACCAAAAGAGUAGUAAUUCUUCUUCCUUAUUAAUUCAGGAAGGUUUCCAGUCAACAGCUUUCUGAAGAAAAUUCACAUUUAUCCCAAGUCUAUCCGACUGUUGGACUAUACUUCUGUGUGAAAACGGCAUAUUUUUAUGCCAAAUAUCUGGAUUUGCCCAUAUAUGGGCAUGGUAAUAUCAUCACAGCCUCAUAAAUGGGGAAAUCACACAGGUACGGUAUUUGUCACAACAAUUGAUAGUGUGGAUUUGGCAUAUGUCCGAGCUUGAAUUCAGACCAAUCACAAAUCAAAGAGGAGGGGAUGUUUAAAUAUUCAAUGUGCAUAGGAUGAUUUCAGGCUUGCCUAGAUUGUCGCGUUAACCAUUACAGAAAUCCACUUGCGGAUGUCAUUUAUCCAGCUUGUUGUGAAGAUGUGUGAUGAUUUUGAUAGUAAUUUGUAUAUAUUUAAUUUACAUAUGAUUCAGUUGUGCUUUUCCAAUUUGGUAACAACAGACUGUAUAUUCUGAAAAGUAUUGUCAAGGGAGAGUUGUUGGCAAAUUCAUAAAAUUUAAGAACAGGGGUUAAGAUAUUAGGUGCAAGUAAAUGAAUUGUAAAAUCCAUAGUGCGUCAAUAGUGAUAUAAUUAAUAUAUACUGCCGCCUAUUGGGCAACAUGGUUAGGAUAAAUACUGCUCUUUCCAGCAACAACAUUCAAGCACUGUAGUAUGACACUUGUACAUUUUUUUUGCAUUAGGGCAUUAUGAGGCAAAAGUAUAUUACUGUAUAUAAGACCAUCUAACUGUGUCAAUAUCAGGCAGACAUUUGCAUUUCAGACAGUAUUGGAGUUGAUUUAAUUGGUGGCUUACCAAUUUGAGUGGGCUUUUCUUUCUUGCUUUAUAAUAAAAACAAGAAAUUUGUAAA